CCACGAGACGCCUCCGAUUCACCUUAGCUUCCCGGAUAGAGCCACCACCGUCUCACUAGCUAGCACUACCUCUCACAGUCACAGCUGAAGCAAGGAGAUCGCACCGAGGCAGGGGGAGGGCAGCUGCGGCGGCAGACCGGCCGGUCCGAGCGACAUGCACAGAGCUUCACCGUGGAACUCCUCUUCUUCCACUUGGUCUUGGUCAUCGUCGUCUUCCUCCCCGCGCAGCAGCAAGCGCGCCCGCCUCGCCGCCGCCAGCGCCAGCAGGCUGCUGCCCUGGCCCUCGCCGCGCGGACCGGCCAGCCAUGGCGUCGCCCUUUCUGCCCGGCUCUUCUUCCUCUUCCGCUUCGUCGCCCCUCUCUUACCUGAUCCCUAGGCAGCCGCCGCCUUCCUCCGUCGUGGCGCAGGGCUUCUCAUGCGGCGCUCUGGCGCAGCAGGCCGGGGGAUUAUACUGUGGCGACGGCGUCGGCGCGGCGGGCGGCGUCGGGGCGGUGGAGGUGAGGCAGGGGGGCAGGCACGCGGGCCACCCGCCGCUGCCGCGCCCGCCGCCGCGGCAGUGCCCCCGGUGCAGGUCGGCCAACACCAAGUUCUGCUACUACAACAACUACAGCCGCAAGCAGCCGCGCUACUUCUGCCGGGCGUGCCGCCGGCACUGGACCGAGGGCGGCACGCUCCGCGACGUGCCCGUCGGUGGCGGCCGCAAGAACAGGCGUAACGGCGGUGGCAAGGGCGGCGCUAAGGCCCCCUCCACCGUCGUCACCACGGAGGUGUCUACUGCGGCGGCGACGGCGGCUACCCAGGGCAGCGGUGCAGGCGGACCGGCCGGCGCCGUCGACGCGUUCAUCCCGGCCGACAUCCUGAGGCAGAUGCUGUCCCAGUCGGGGAGCUUCACGGCCGUCGGCGGGGGCGGCGGCUACGGCAUCGACCUGAGCGCAUGGCAGCAAAUGACCGGUGCCGCAGCAGCACCGCAGGGCGCCAGCGAUGUUGGCGCGGCCGGAGGGACGGCUCCGGCGGCAGAUGCCAACUGCGGCACAGGUGCGCAGUACUGGAGCGGAUGGCAGCUGCAGGAUGACAUGCCCGGUUUCGACGGGACUUUCUAAGUACGACGUGAGCUUCAGGGCGGGAGGUUCCGCCGUUCGUCUAGCUGCAGCCUUACCAGUAGAUCGGCCAAAUCCUACGAUGUUCCGGACGGAAGAAAAUGACAAUCUGUGCACUUUGGCUUGUGGUUUUGCUGCAAAAUAGUUCUUCGAUCUGCCACUAUAUAUAAGUAAUAUAAGUCCGGAGUACAUGUUUGUAUAACGGUGCCAGUAUUCCUCUCGUAGUA